UGUGUACUCUGUGUUCGCUCUUUGAGAUACAUUUUGCAGUUGCUGGACUGCAGUAUUACUUGUUUCUCUGUACAUUGAAUCGCUGUAAUCACGCUAGGCGGCCUGCAACCAGAUAACCGAGAAAGAUGCAUUAAAGCCUGAACUGGAUUCUGAUUCUGGAUUCAGUUCACAGCUGAGCUUGGUGACGCAAUGACGGUUCUGCGAUUGCUGAUCCUCGCAAUAUGCCUCAAGCUGGGGCAGCAAUCCUGGCAAGCAGAUGCAUUGGGAAACCAAACGAAGAAGCCCUAUCCCACAUACUGCACUACGUACGAUCAGAAGCCAGGCAAAUGCGUAAACUACAAAGAUUGUCCGUACAUCGCGAACAUAGUUUCGAAGCCAAAGGGGCAGCUGACCGCCAAGGACUUGGAAAUAAAGAGGAAUGCCCUAUGCUCGUCAAAUUCCAAAAAAAUCGUCUGCUGUGAGGAAUUCAUCAACGAGUCGGGCAUGGAGCUGCUGAAGGCCAGUGAGAGUUUGUGCGGAGAAUUCGGGGAUCAGAAGGUCACUGGAGGGAGCGAGAUACAAAUGGGAUCUCGACCCUGGAUGGCUUUGCUUCAGUUCAAUUUGUCAGAUCCCUAUGAGAGGCUAUCCUUUGCGUGCGGUGGCACUUUGAUUACACCACGCUACGUCCUGACCGCGGCCCACUGCUUGAAGGGUUCAUUGAAUUCAGUUCGAUUUGGAGAGCACACAAUCUCCACGGAGCGAGAUUGUAAGAACUAUGCCACAAAAGUAAUCUGCCUGCCUCCUUACCAGGAUGUACCUGUCCAAGAAUCCGUUGUCCACGAUGGAUACGACGAUGACAUGCUCCACUAUGACAUAGCGCUUCUCCGCCUGGCAAGAUCUGUCGAGUUCACCCAGUUUGUCAAACCCAUAUGCUUGCCCCUGUACGAGGAAGUCAGGCAGAGCAUCUGGGACGAGCGAAGACCACACCAAAAGGUUACCGGCUGGGGUAUUUACGAAGAGAAUAUGCUAUCCGAUGUGCCCAGGGAGGCCGACGUGACCCGCCUGAGUCUCGACCAAUGCUCCGUGGGUCGGAAUACAACUUUGCUGAUCGGUAAUCAACUUUGCGUCAGUGCCUACCAACAGGACAGCUGCCAGGGCGAUUCCGGCGGACCCCUAAUGUAUCCGUACCUCUACCUUGGGCAACAGCGAUUCGUCCAGACGGGCAUCGUUAGCAAGGGACCCACGAGAUGCGGCGCUGGACAGUCGGCCAUUUACACGGACGUUACUAGAUUUGUGCCCUGGAUAACCCAGAAUAUAAAGUCCUAAAGUGCUGCGCAUUUCAUUUUGAUGCAAUAAUAUAAUAAAGUAUCACAUUUAUUGCCUUA